CGCUUGUUUAAGGCCUGGGUCAAGUGCGGUCUGGGCGAGCGGGGCCUGCUGAGCCCGCCCAACCUGCGCUCCGUGGCGCUCGAGCUGAUUGUGCUGGCGGCAUUCCAGCAGGAGCAGCAGAAGGGGGGGCAGCAGCAGCGGGAGUGGAGCGCUAAGGGGCUGCCGGACGUGCGUGAGAGCAGGAAGCUGCUUCUGCGUGUGUUCUUGCGCGCUUUGGACCUGUCUUCGCGGCUGCUGCAACCCGGGGUGGUGGUGCUGCUGGACGCUAGGCAGUACGGGGGCUACAGCCGGGAGCAGGGCAUGCGCUUCCGGGGGUGCUGG